AUGCCACCUUUAACUCAAGAAGUAAUUAAUGGUAACCUCGAUAAGAUUGUCCCUGAAAACAUCUAUAAUGAUACUGUUUUGCCAUUAUUGCAAGAACUUCUUGCAAAACCAGGUUUUGAUCCAGCUGUCAAAUUUGAUUUCGACAAGCAUAUAAUUUUCAAUCCUGCUACUGAUUAUGAAAAGUACAAGCCAGUGAUGUUGCCAGAGAUUGAUAUUGAUCAUCCAGAUGCUAUCAGUGAUAUGGCUUUCACUUUGGCAUUUCCAUUGUACUCUGAAGAAGCUGUUGAUACAAUGAGAUACGAAAUCUUUCAAAAAGAUAUUUUCAGAAACCAUUCUAGAAUGGCAAAUUUAACCAAAUUCAAAGGAAUGGAUGUUCAAAUUGCUGGACAAAUUGGGGAUACUCCUUUUACUAAGGAUGCAAUCACUCAUCCAAAAGUUAUGGAAAUAUUUAACAAGCUAGCUGGACUUGAAUUGGUUUAUAUGAUGCCCUAUGAAGUAGGUUCAAUUAAUUUUGGCAUCAAACCUGUGAAACAAGUUGAAGAUGAAAAAAACAAUAAAGAAUAUUAUUUGGCUCAAAAUGCUCAGGCUUUUGAUGAAAAUUCUGACUUUGUUAGAGGAUGGCAUCAUGACAGUAACAGUUUUAGUUUAAUCACAAUGCUUUCAGACACAAAAGAUAUGAUUGGUGGUGAAACUGCAUUGAAAACUGGCGAUGGCAGGAUCUUAAAAAUCAAUAAUUAUCAAAAAGGAUGGGCCUCUUUGGUUCAUGCUCAUUGUUUAAAUCACAUUGCAUUGAAACCAUACUGUUCCAUUGAGAGAAUUACUGCAGUUACAGCACUUAGAGCUAAGGAUCCAUUACAUAUGGAUCCAACAGUUUUAACAACAAUUAAACCCUCUGUUUUGCAUAGAAGUCUUUAUAAUGAAUACUAUCCUGAGUGGAUGGAUUAUAGAUUGGAAAUCAUGCUAGAGAAACUCAAAUGGUUGAGAGAAAAGGUUCAAAAAGACAAGAAAAAGGGUAAAGAUUUUAAUCAAAUUGAAAUGAUUAACUAUUUGGAGGAUUUAUCCAAUUACACUAAAGCAACUUGGAGAGAAUUUGAGGUUGUCGACGAAGGUAAAUACUACCAACCUGAAAAGAAGAAAUUUAUCCUUAAUUGGAGAGAUGUCGAAGGCAGCGAAAUGAGUCAAAAGAUUAUGAAAUUUGAUUUAUAG